AUGGACGUGGAUGCAAGAAUACUGACUGAGGGCAAGUUCUUUGAGAAGUACGACGAAGAGAAUCCCGGAGCAACCUUGAAACAAGCACGAGAUACAUAUAAAAAAUACAAGCAAGCACAUGGUUGUAAGAGCUUGACUUCAACUGCCUCACAAGAUCCCAGCAGGUUGUUGGAUCUGAAUUAUGUUAGGAAGGCUUUUGACUGCGAGUACACAAACAGCAGUGAACUUCGCUCUUCGUUUUUCAGAUAUCUGGAGAUGUUUGCUAGUACGUACGAUCAAGACAAAUACUAUUCAACAUAUGUGACCUUGAUACAAGCGAGCGGGAGUUUCGCCAGUGGAGGUUUUCCGGAGCGUUCGAUCUACGCCAAUAAUAUUUUACACACAAAAGACGUCGUAAGUACUCGCCUUCAGUGGACAGCAUAUUUAUGCGCAUGCUUACAAGAGCUAACUGAUGCUCAAGUAGAAUAUGAGCAGUAUUGGGCAUAUCACCAGUCAUCUGAAGCUCAAAACAGUAUCAAAAAUAGAACAAACAGCAUCUUUCGUUCUCUAGAGAACUGUUAUAAUAAAAUUGAGAAAGAGGAAGUGCAGUUGAGAAUCAAAACUGAGCUCAGAAAGCAUUAUGAAAAUUUUGUUGUGAGGUGUAAGGAAAGGCUUGACCGUAUUCCGAGCAAAUUGAAAUUAGUCUUCGCAUUCGAUGAGAUACAGUAUUUGCUUCUAUCUGCAGAAAAACCGAUAGACCGCUAUUACUGGCUUCGGAUCAUUUUGCGUACGCUUGCUGAAGUGCAAUAUACUGAUUCUUGUAUCUUUGCUGUUGUAACGGACACGAUGGGUGAACUGUCCAAUUUUGCACCGCAGGGUAAACAUGAUCCUUCUUUACGAGUACAGAGUGGGAGUCAUGAACUGUACCCUCUGUACUAUCUACUCGAUACGUUCAACAUCCAUAUUCGUAAGGCCGCUUUGGAACCAAGGACGUUGGAUAAAGCUGCAAAAUGCGACUAUAUUUUCCGAUUUGGCAGGCCUUUAUGGUAUGCACAGUUGUCAUCAGCUGCUGAUCCUGAGUAUCCUGUCCGUUUAGUAAGGCUAGCAAUGGCAAAACUUGGGUUUGCGCAAUCAAAACUACGAGAUUUCAGUAUGGCUGUUACCAUCCUUGGUUCACGUCUUCACCUUAAUAUCUCACUACAAUCCGAGUUGGCAACCGAUUUGGUCUCGAAUUAUAUGCGUUUGAUGACGUAUAUGUCUGAGGAUCGUUAA